AUGGCUGCAGAACACACAGACGCAUCAGCCCUGGGUCUCUCGCAGGCUGAGCAAGGGAAGGGGAUGAAAACGGGAGAGCAGAGACCAGCCGGCCCUGAGCCGCGGAAGGGCAGAGGAAAAGACCCUCGCCUCAUCCAUGCCGAGAGCAUCCAGGACUUCUGGAAAAGGACCGUACCGGAGGAGGUGACCCGGGAGCAACGCAAGGGUCUGCAACGGCAGUGGGAAUCUCAUUUGCAGGAGUUCAUGAAGGCCCUGGAGCCUCCGAACUCCGAAGGGGAAAGCCUGCCGAUCCGAGGCCCCCUUCCGAGGAACAACACUCGGGGUUUUCGGACCCCGUUUGAGGGGACGGCCAACUCUGGCCAGUUGGCCAAGGAUGCUCCAUUCCUGCCUGACCUCAGUAUAGAAGCACUCCCGGCCAAAGAAAGCGUGGCAGCCCAAGACAAAAGCGACUGCGAGAAAGUCAAGGAGGAAGUCUCGAUGGAGGAGACCAUCAGCUCUUACGGCGAAGGCCAGCUUUUCAGGCAGUUUGGCUACCAGGAAGCCGAAGGGCCCCGGGAGGCGUGCCGGCAUCUCCGACGGCUCUGUCACCAGUGGCUGAAGCCCGAGAGGCACACCAAGGAGCAGAUCCUGGAGCUGGUGGUCCUGGAGCAGUUCCUGGCCAUCCUGCCCCCCGAGAUGCAGAGCUGGAUUGGGGAAUGCAGCCCCCAGACUUGCGCCCAGGCGGUGGUCCUGGCAGAAGAUUUCCUGAUGAGGCAGCAGGAGAAUGAGACACAGGAGGAGCAGGUGAUGUCUCCAUUUGAGGAAGACCCAGCACAGAAGGUGCUGCCGGACCCCUGGAGGAAGCCAUGCUUCGGGGAGCUCCCGCCGGCGGGUGACGCAGAGGCCUCCUUCUUGGGUGACAACAAGAAGAUGUGCAGGAAGGAGAAAAACCCGCUGGAGAGUUCAGUGGGUCUAGCCCCAUCUUGGAUGCUGUCCGGACGAGCGGAACUGAGUACUUCCCAUUGUCCGGAUCGAGGAGAACCUUCGGAAAGCCCAUAUGACAACCACCCGCAGAGGGGAGUGGGGAAAUUCAUCAAUUCGCAGGGAGCGUAUGAGGACUUGGACGAGAGCAUCAUGCAGCAGAUGCUCCCGCCUGGUGCGAGAGACAAUUCCUGCCACGUGUGCGGGAAGGCCUUCCGGCGGAGGUCGAACCUCAUCGCCCACGAGCGGACCCACUCGGGGGAGAGGUGGUACAACUGCUCGGACUGCGGGAAGAGCUUCGUCAGCCGGGCCGCCUUCCUGAUCCACCAACGGGUGCACACUGGGGAGAAGCCGUACAAGUGCUCGUACUGCGGGAAAGGGUUCAACACCGGCUCGAGCCUCACCAGGCACAAGAGGAUCCACACGGGCGAGAAGCCCUACGAGUGCUUGGGCUGCGGGAAGCGGUUCAACGACUACUCCAACUUCAUCGUCCACAAGAGGAUCCAUACGGGCGAGAAGCCGUACGAGUGCUCGGUCUGCGGGAAGAGAUUCAGCGACAAUUCGAACUUUAUCAAGCACCAUCACUGAGAGAGAAAGGCAGUA